AUGUCCAAUGCCCCGUUUGUAUUGACUGGAAAGUCACCAAAUUCAGAAGAAAUGUCGAGUAUCCUUAUUACUGGAGCCGGUGGAUUUCUUGGAAAUAGAAUUGCUCAAGCAAUUCUUCAGCAAGGCAAUGUGAAGAAGUUAGUAUUGACUGAUGUUGUCACCCCCAAAUUCACGGGCGGAGGUGACAUAGUCCAUUGUGUCCAGGCAGAUUUGGUCAAAGAACCCGAAAAGGUCAUCACUGAGGAUUUGGAUAAGAUAUUCCUACUUCAUGGCAUUAUGUCUGGUGGCGCAGAGGCAGACUUCGAACUAGGCAUGAAGGUCAACCUCGACGCCACCAGAUCUAUUCUUGAAAUUUUGCGAAAGAAUAACCAAAAGAACAAGAAGCAAGUGAGAGUCGUUUUCACUUCAUCUUGUGCUUGCUUUGGUGGUAACUUACCCGAUGUAAUCGACGAGUCUACUGCAUUGAACCCUCAGUCGUCAUAUGGAACUGAAAAAGCUAUCUGCGAGUUGCUUAUCAAUGACUAUUCAAGAAGAGGAUUUCUAGACGGUGUUAUCUUGAGAUAUCCUACUGUCGUUGUAAGACCAGGCCCUCCUUCAUCGGCAACAUCAAGUUUUGCCUCGGGUAUUAUCAGAGAGCCAUUAAAUAACGAAGAGGCUAUUUUGCCAGUUUCUAAGGAUCUAAAAAUCUGGGUUGCAGGUACUAACAACAUUGUCCGCAACUCUGUUCUCGCAUCUACUAUUUCUACUGCCAAUUUCGGCCCUACCAGGGUCGUCAAUCUACCCGGAGUUACAGUAACUGUGCACGACAUUAUCGCUGCCUUAGUUGAGGUAGGGGGUAAGGAUAAGGUCAAGUACAUUGUUGAAAAAGAAGAUCCAGUAUUAGAAAAGAUCGUGACAUCUUGGCCCGAUACCUUUAAUACAAGACGUGCUAUCAAGCUUGGAUUCUUACCCGAUCCAGGCUUCAAGCAAGCUGUCACAGACUUCAUUGAAGAGGAAACAGCCAAGAAAAGAAAUGCUCAAUAA